UCGUUUACCUCAUUCGUUUGCAGUUGGUUCAAGAGUUUAGACGUAUUUAAUCCGUAUUCGUAACUAUUUCUUUUAUAAAGCCGUCAAAUAGUGCAUUGAUUUAAGUAUUCUUUUUGUUGGCAAUUGUCUCCCAUCUCUGGUCAAGGCAAGAGAUUUUCCUUUAAACCACAAAAAUGGUUCACAAAUCGAACAAGAUGUACGUCUUCAAGCGAGAUGGUCGCAAGGAAGAAGUGCACCUUGACAAAAUCACAUCCCGGAUUCAGAAACUUUGCUAUGGGCUAAACAUGGAUUUUGUCGACCCGGUUGCGAUUACCUUGAAGGUAAUUAAUGGGCUUUACUCAGGUGUGACGACUCAGGAAUUGGACAAUCUCGCUGCGGAAACGGCAGCCACUAUGACUACAGAACACGCGGAUUAUGCUAUUCUGGCUGCACGUUUGGCCGUGUCUAAUUUGCACAAGGAGACCAAGAAGCACUUCUCCGAAGUUAUGCACGACCUGUUCAUGAUGGAGAACGAGUAUCUGAAAAAGCGUACACCGAUGAUCUCGGAGUUGCACUACAAGAUCAUCACGGACAACGCGGAUCGGUUGAACUCGGCCAUAAUCUACGAUCGGGACUUUGGAUACAACUACUUUGGGUUCAAGACACUGGAACGAUCAUAUCUACUCAAAAUUAAGGGUAAAAUUGUGGAACGGCCGCAGCACAUGCUGAUGCGCGUAGCCAUCGGAAUCCAUGGCGAAGACAUCGACGCUGCAAUUGAAACGUACAAUUUACUGUCAGAAAGGUAUUUCACUCACGCUUCACCAACCAUGUUCGCGGCGGCUACUUGCAGACCGCAAUUGUCGUCCUGCUUCCUGCUGACCAUGAGCGACGACAGUAUUGAGGGCAUCUACGAUACACUGAAGCAGUGCGCAUUAAUUUCGAAGUCAGCUGGUGGUAUUGGUGUGAAUGUCCAUUGUAUCCGAGCCAAAGGAACCUACAUUGCUGGUACGAAUGGAAUAUCCAACGGUUUGAUUCCUAUGCUGAGGGUGUACAAUACAACUGCCAAAUACGUGGAUCAGGGAGGCAACAAGAGGCCAGGUGCGUUUGCCAUUUACCUGGAACCAUGGCACGGAGAUGUUUUCGAGUUCUUGGAUUUGAAAAAGAACACUGGCGCGGAGGACGUCAGAGCGAGAGAUAUGUUCUACGCACUGUGGAUUCCGGAUUUGUUCAUGAAGCGAGUGGAAGCAAAUGAAGACUGGUGUUUGAUGUGUCCCCAUGAGUGUCCCGGAUUAGCUGAUACUUGGGGCGAGGAGUUCGAAAAGCUUUACACGUCGUAUGAAGCAGAAGGCAGGUUUAUUCGUAAGGUCAAGGCUCAAGAUUUGUGGUUUGCUAUCAUUGAGUCUCAGGUUGAAACUGGUGUUCCUUAUAUGCUAUAUAAAGAUGCUUGCAACAGGAAAAGUAAUCAACAGAACAUCGGUACCAUUAAGUGUUCAAACCUGUGCACCGAAAUUGUCGAAUAUUCGUCCAAAGAUGAGAUAGCCGUUUGCAAUCUGGCGUCGAUCGCGUUGAAUAUGUUCGUGAAACCAGACAAAACGUACGACUUCGAAAAGCUCAAAGAAGUUUCCAAGACUGUCACAAGAAAUCUUAACAAAAUUAUUGACAUUAAUUACUACCCAGUGCCGGAAGCGCAGCGAUCAAACAUGCGUCAUCGCCCGAUCGGAAUUGGUGUCCAGGGAAUGGCCGACGCAUUCAUUUUGAUGCGCUAUCCGUACGAUAGCGAAGAAGCACAGAAGCUGAAUCAACAAAUUUUCGAAACGAUUUAUUACGGCGCAUUGGAAGCAAGUUGUGAGUUGGCAGAACAGCACGGAACAUACGAAACGUAUCCGGGAUGCCCGGUGGAGAAGGGUAUCUUGCAGUACGAUAUGUGGAAUAAAGAGCCUACUGAUAUGUGGGACUGGACUGCACUGAAGGAAAAGAUUAGCAAACAUGGAGUUCGCAACUCAUUGCUUCUUGCGCCCAUGCCUACGGCGUCAACUGCACAAAUCCUUGGAAACAACGAAUCGUUCGAGCCAUACACUUCCAACGUUUACAAUCGGAGAGUUCUAUCAGGCGAAUUCCAGAUUGUCAAUCAUCAUUUGUUAAAAGAUCUCACCGAGCUGGACUUGUGGGAUGACGAUAUGAAAAACAGGAUUAUCGCUAACAAUGGGUCGAUUCAGAAUAUCGAAGAAAUUCCCCAGCAAAUCCGGGAUCUCUAUAAAACUGUGUGGGAAAUUUCUGUCAAAAGCUGCAUCAAAAUGGCUGCGGAUCGUGGUGCCUUCAUCGACCAGUCCCAAUCGUUCAACAUUCACGUUGCAGAACCCAACUAUGGCAAGCUGACGUCGAUCCACUUCUACGGCUGGAAGAUGGGAUUGAAGACGGGAAUGUACUACUUGCGCACAAAGCCGGCGGUCAAUGCUAUCCAGUUCACCGUUGACAAGACCCGGUUAAAUCAGUCGAAUCGUCUAAACACCAGUAGCUCGGUUGGUGCAUCUCCCUCGAAGAUGAACGGCGACACCAGCACUCCUAGUAAAAUGAAUGGUACAGCGAACGGCGCAGCGUCUCCUGUCAAGGGAGCCGACAGCUCCCAGCAACAGUUGAACGGUUCCAAUGCAGAACGCAACAGAAGGAUGGCAGAGAUGGUUUGUUCUCUUGAAAACAAGGAUGAUUGCAUGAUGUGUGGAUCAUAAUCCUAAAACACAUAACACAAGAAGUCUUACUUAUUGGCUCCAUAAAGUUUACUUAAUGUAUAAACUCUAGUUAAGUUCAUCGGAUUAUAUCAUUAUUUCAUUCAGAUUUUUUUUACAACUUUCACUACCAAUGUAUGUAUUUUGUUUUGUGUUAGGUUUAAGUUUAAUAAUAAAAUCACCCAUACUUGAUACUUGAUA